AUGGCUGUCUCAGUACUUCGGUGGACAAUUGUCCUAGGACUGCUUGUCUUAAUCCUGACCUGCCAUGCGGAAGACAAGCCAGACAACAAGCCAGAUGACAAACCAGAUGACUCAGGCAAAAAACCAGAGCCAGAUUUCCCCAAAUUUCUCAACCUCCUGGGUUCGGAGAUCAUUGAGAAUGCUGUAGAGUUCAUCCUUCGUUCCAUGACCAGGGGCACAGGAUUUCGGGAAUUUGAUGAUAAAAAAGGAGACUAUUCAUCAAAGUGA